AUGUUUCUUUUCGCUGUUAUUUUUUGCACAAUAGUUUUUCUUCAAUAUGUUAGUGCCGCGAGUGAAUGUAAGCAUGGAGAAUGUGCAUAUGGCGAGGAAAUUGCUGAUUUUGGUUGCCGCAGAACUAAUCAAAAAUGUGGCGAAAAUAUGGUAUUUAGACUAAUUUCCAAAGCUGUUCGUCUUCAGAACUCAUUUCCAAUAUAUCAAUGCUGGCAACGAUGUAUUUGUGCUAAAAAAUAUUUUGCUGUAAGCAACGGGAAAUGCAUCAAAGAAGAGUUUCCUAAAUACCAAAAUACAGCUAAGGUUAAUUCUCAAAGUACAAGCGACGAAAGAAACUUCAAAAUAAUUCACGAGAAAAUUGUCGAUUAUGGUUGUGAAAAAACUUCUAAAAAAUGUGGAACUAAUAUGAUUUACAAAACUAUUUCGAAAACAAUCUUUCUCGACUCCUCAGCUUAUUCUUACCGAUGCUUUCAAAUCUGCUCGUGCAUCGAUGAAAAAUAUAUUGAAAGGAACGGGCAGUGUGUCGAAAAGCCAAGUAACUCAUCGGAAAGCUCAAAUGAUAAAAUUUGUUGGCUAAGAUGUCAGUGCGAAAAUGAAAGUUUUACUAGAGAAGGUGAAAAAUGCGUUGAAAUUCAGCAACGAACUGUGAUAGCAAAUAAUCCGACGACCAUUGGAGAAAUUCCGAUUCAGUCUGAUUCGAUUAACAAUACAAGAAAUUACAAAAUUGGCGAUAAAAUUUUCGAUUACGGUUGCCAAAGAACAAAUCAAAAGUGUGGAACGAAUAUGAUAUUUAAAACGAUUUCGAAAAGACGUUUCCUCGAACUCACCGAUCGGUGUCUUCAAAAAUGCUCGUGUAUCAAUGAUAAAUAUGUAGAAAAUGAUGGGCAGUGUAUAGAUUCAAUGUAUAAUAAAGUAUAA